UUUCUUACCAGUUUACAAUUUUCCAUCACACUUUCCUCUAACAAAAUCCUUCCAAACAAUUUUCUUCCCCUUUUCUCCCCUCCAUUAAAAUCGUUCCCUCACUUUUUUCGAUUGAACCAAACAUACCCUAACCGGAAUCCAGUGAGCAUCCACAGGCGACUCGCCGCGAUGAGCUGAGCUCCGACCGACUUAUACCAAUUUGAACCGACAUAUAUCUAUCACUCAUAUACAGUAUGUACAUAUAUUUUGUACAAACGACCGUCUGUAAAUAGGGAAUGCAAUGGCGAAAUCAAGUUGCGGCACAAUCGGCAGCGAAGCCAGGGAAAGCAUCACGGAGAGGCUGUCUCGCAUCGACGACUUGUACUUUCCCCGCAAGGUACAAUCCUCCGCCGCCGCCGCGGACCCCUCCCACCGCAAAGCCCUCCUUCUCCACCUCCUUUCCUCCGACGCCGCCGUCUUUUUGGAGCGUUACGGAUCAAAGUUAUCGCUCGAUGAGCUCAAUGAGUUCAAUGUGUUGAAGGACGAUUAUGAAAUCAAUUGGCACUUAAAUCACCUCCGAAGCAUAAUCGACCCAACAGAGGAGGAGCGGAAGUCUGCAUCGGUGAAGAUCAAGAACCGUAGAUUGGCCUACAUGGACAAGCUGAUGGUGGACGGGCAUUACUUCUCGGAGGAUGCAAUGAGGGAAAGGGAUCCAUACUUGCAUCAUUUGUAUGUAGGAAAGUUUCAGGACUCGAGUGGGAGGAAUAUGGUGAGGCCCGGGGAGCGGUGGUCCGAGACACUCAUGAGGCGGUCAGAGGAAGCCAUGUUGGUGCAGAAGAUCAGAGGCGAGCAGCAAAGGUUGGGUGUGGCUCAGAGUGAGUGGGUCGGGAAUGAAACUGACAUGCAACAACAAGAGGAGGAAGAAGAAGAAGAGGAAGAGGAAGAAGAAGAAGAUGAUGAAAUUGAAAGAGAAGACACAGUGGAGAAGGAGACGUUGGAAAAUACGGAAGGCGUGGCAGUUGACCUCCCUAAUAGAAGCUCCCUGUCGGGAGCUGAAGAACGAGAGGCAGACAGUUUGUCCGUGGAGGAAAUGCAAGAGCGCAUGGACCAAUUCACUCGGAUAAUGCAGCAAAAGUUCUUAACAGGUGAAGAUGAUGAGCACGUGGACUAUUCAAAAAUCGAUCAAAAUGAGACCUUGGAUGAUCACUGGAUGAAGCAAGCCAAUCAAGAUGCCGAGGAGAAGUACUUCGAUGAUGUUUGAGAUCAUGAACCCUCUCAGUUUCAUUUCCGGUUUUUUACUGUAUGUAAGUAGUGCUUGCAUGGACCUUUCACUAUGUAACCCGGAUCAUAUUACAUCAUAGUAUGUUAUUCCUUGCUUGAGUUUGGCUAAACUAUUGAAGACUACUAAAUGAUUGACAAGUUCAUCAUGGAUUACCUCCUUAGUUUAUUUAUUUAUUUUUUC